GCGGACGUUUUCCACGCGUAUCACGUCAUGCGUAAAAACAAAGUCCCACCGGAGAAUAUAAUUACCUUCGCCCACGACGAUAUUGCAAACAAUCCCAAAAAUCCAUUUAAAGGCAAGGUGUUCCAUGACUACGAGCUCGAAGAUGUCUACAAGGGUGUGCUAAUUGACUACCGUGGAAAAGAUGUAACAAAGGAUAACUUCUUGAAAGUAUUAGAAGCCGAUAAUAAACUUGAAGCCAACAAGAAAAAGGUGUUGAAAAGCGGUCCUGAUGACAACGUGUUCAUUUUCUACUCUGGCCACGGUGGGAAAUCUUUUGUUACAUUCCCAGAAGCGGAUCUCACGGCCAUGGAAUUGGACGAUACCCUCGCCUACAUGCAUUCGGAUAAAAUGUACAACAAAUUGGUGCUGUACGUGGAUGCUUGCUACUCUGGCUCUAUGUUUAAAGAUGUUCUUCCUUCAAAUAUGGGAAUCUACGCGACAACUUCAGCCAACGAAGAGGAACAAUCCUGGUCGUUGUUUUGUUAUGACAAGAGAUUCGGUGUUUGUCUAGCGAACGAAUACUCGUAUGCCUGGAUUACAGAUUCAGAAUAUAAUGACUUGAAAAAGCGUACAGUGGAACAACAGUACCAGGAGGUGAAAAAGAGGACAGCAUUAAGUCACGCAAUGAAGUACGGUGAAAUGCCGAUUGCUGUAGAUAGAAAACCCUCUUUCAGUGCCCAUUUGUUUCCAAAGUUUCGACGCUUCAUGGGAGCCGAAACCGAUGGAGAACAUGAAACCGCUUGGCGAAAGCUGCACCGUGCAAUUCAGCUUCGCCACAUCGUCAAGGAAACUUUUCGCGAUAUCGUCAUUGAUGUGACGACCCAACAUAUGCCAACGAUAAAGGGUUUGUCCAAGAGGGAUGAGCUCGUGUGUUUCAAGGCAGUAUUCGAUCAAUUCCGGACGCACUGCUUCACAAUUCAGCAGGUCCCCGAUGUAGCUCAUCAUAUAUCUCAUCUAAUGGAGCUGUGCAAAGCCGGAUACGGGACUGAAACCCUCAUCGACUCUGUCUACCUCGUCUGCUCCUAACGGACACGCAUCGUGCUGUGUGAUCUUGCCAAAAUAAAAU